ACCCCGCCCCUUCCCGGGGCACGUGGUGCCAUAAGGGGGCUGGACUAGGGCAGGUCGGGAGCGCUCCGGACGCCUGGGUUCCGAGCCUGGCUCGCAGCGCCGUGAGGGGGCGAGUCCCAGUGUGCAGGCAGCGGGCCCGGGAAGGGCUCGCCCCGGCUACCGGGCGGUGAGUGGGGGCGCCGGGGAGAGGCCGAGGCGGGACAUCGCUGCCUGGAGGAAGCAGUCGCAGGGCCGGGGGGUCGGAGCCGAAACGCGGCCGGUGCCGGAGAGACCCCGCCCGCCCCUCCCCCUAGCCGAGCCCGCUCUGGGGAGCAGUCGGAGCGGGGUUUCCAGAUCAGCUGUGUUUUCCAGAGCUGCCCAGCCCACUGGCGGGGAGACCCCUGAGCAGGGAGAGACCCCAGUCUGAGUCCGUUCGGGGCUGGUUGGCACCAGAGAGACACCCCCACCCCCUCCUUCCAUCCCAGGGUAGCGACAUGGAAGAAAAACCCCAUAAAUGUUCUGACUGCAGGAAAAGCUUUAAGCAGAGCUCGACCCUAAGGCGGCACCAGCGAACCCACACGGGGGAGCGACCCUACAAAUGCCUCCAGUGUGGGAAGAGUUUUGCUGACAGCUCCAACCUCCUUCGCCAUCAGAGGAGCCACACGGGGGAGCGACCCUACACAUGUGCCCAGUGCGGGAAGAGCUUCGGGCACAACGCGACCCUGAUCAAGCACUGCAGGACCCACACGGGCGAGAGACCCUACAGAUGUGAUGAGUGCGGGAAGAACUUCUCAGAAAGCUCCAAGCUCCUAGAGCACCAGAGGAUCCACACAGGCCUGAAACCCUACAAAUGCCUUAACUGUGGGAAAGUGUUCUGCCACAGCUCCUCCCUGACCAACCAUCAGCGGGUCCACACAGGUGAGAGACCCUAUAAAUGCCCCGAGUGCGAGAAGACUUUUGGACGCCGCUCCAUGCUCGUUCGACACAUGAGGAUCCACACAGGGGAGCGACCUUACAAAUGCCCCCACUGUGGGAAGGCCUUUGCCGUUCUCUCAGUCCUGAUCCAACAUGAGCGGAUCCACACGGGGGAGAAACCCCACAAAUGUGCCCACUGCGGGAAGUGUUUCAGUGAUCCCUCCGUCCUGACCCGGCAUGAGCGCAUCCACACAGGCGAGCGACCCUACAAAUGUGUUCAUUGCGGGAAGGGCUUCAGUCAGAGCUCCACCCAUGCCCAGCAUCUGAGAACCCACACCGGGGAGCGGCCCUAUAGAUGUGAUGAGUGUGGGAAGAGCUUCAGUGUAAGUUCCAGCCUUGUUGUCCACCAGAGGAUCCACACAGGAGAAAGACCCUACAAAUGUCCCGAUUGUGGGAAGAGCUUUAGCGGCUGGCCAAAUUUUAGCAGGCAUCUGAGGACCCACGCCCAGGAGUAAACCUGACAGGUGACCCAGUUCUGGGAGAUGCUACUGUGAGCACUCUGGGCUCUUUAGAGAGUGAACCCAUGCAUUGGAGAGAUGCUGUAAAUGCCCCAACUGUAGCCAGAGCUUCUGUCUCUGCUCGGAGCUUUGUAGGUACCAGAAAAUCCACAUGGCAACCCUCUAAAUGCUCCAACUGAUGAAAGAGCUUUAGUCCCAGGAUGUACCUUAUUCAUCAGAGGAUCCACAGCAGAAACAGGCCUGAGAAAUAAACGUGGAGAUCUUGCCCUGUCCUGGAUCCAGCUCUGCCUGCCCUGCCGCAGAGGAACACACAGUCUCCUCCUUCCACAUCACCAGCUCCUGGAACAACAAGGGCCCCCGAUCGGCAUGUUAUGGUUCAGUUUAGCCAUCCCAC